UAUUUGUCGAGACUUCCCCCAAGCUUAUUACCAGUUCUCAGAUUUUUACUUUCGCUUAGGUUUUCUAACUUCUUGUCCUCGCUUCAGAGAAUCGAUCUCUUACCAAGUUCUCAGAAUAAUCGAUCGCUCUAUUGCAAUGGCGGGGCCAGAGUUGUAUUUCGAGAAGUUUCUAGGAGAAGGCUCUUUCGGUUCAGUGAGUCUCUACAAGUACAAAAGACGUCACGACGGCAAGACCCUUUACGCCGCCGCAAAAACCUCCGACCAUAAACACGCCGAGUCUCUCUACAUUGAGUUUCAAAUCCUGUCGGAACUCAAAGGAUGUCCGAGAAUCGUCCAGUGCUAUGGGACCAAAGUGCAAGAGAGACGCAACGAAGAAGGUUGCUUGGAGUACAAGAUUUACAUGGAGUACGCACCUGGAGGAAGCUUGAGGAGUUUCGCUAACCAAUUCCAAGACAAUAAGUUACCGGAUGCUUUGGUCAGAGAUUUUACUCGUAUGCUUCUAGAAGGAUUAGCCACCAUCCACGGACACGGUUAUGUUCACUGCGAUCUCAAACCAGCAAACAUACUCAUCUUCCCGAGUUAUGUCAACAAGAACGGUGCCUGGAGAUCAUCUUACGAGUUGAAGAUUUCGGAUUUCGGGUUGACAAGAAGAGAUGGAGACACUAGCUGGUGGCAACCUCAUCAGCCCUUUGCCGGAACAGCGAUCUACAUGUCUCCCGAAUCAAUUUCUCACGGCGAGACAGGGAAGGGACUUGAUUUAUGGUCUUUGGGAUGUAUUGUACUAGAGAUGUACACGGGAAAAAGACCUUGGUGGCAUACAGACUACAAACUGAAGGAUCUCAAGAACUGCCACGGGCUGUUGAUUCCAAGAGAUCUUCCUUUUGACGCAAAACUCUUUCUGAUGACAUGCUUCUCUCCCGAGGCAGAUGAUAGAAAAGACGCAUCGACUUUGUUGAAUCAUAUCUUCUUGCGUAGAGAUGUUAGUAAGAUCACAGAGUCGUCUCCUAUGCCUGCCAAGACUGGUAGUAACCCGAGGAAUAUCACUCUGGAGUUGGAGAAACUUAGACAGAGGCUUUCGCAUAUGAAGUCUAUUUUUGUAUAGACUCGUGAAAGUGAAGAGUCAAUGCGUAGCAAGACCAUCUCGUUAUUGUUCAGCUCAACUUUUAUUAGUAGAAUUAUGUAACAGUUUUUUUUUUGGUAUAUAACUGAAUUUCAAGGUAUUGUUGUCCAUGUGUUAUGUACGACUUUGUAUUAUUAAGAAAAUCAAUGGAAAUCACAUUGACAAGUUCUAUUACUGAACAUUUUUUUUUGUUCAAAUUUAUAUUACUGAACUUUAUGUGAACAACUUGCAAUAGAUUCUCUGCUAUAAUCUUGGUUAAGUAAAAAACAUGAUCCUCAGUGAACUCUUUUUAGUGAUAUACCAUUAGCUCAGCCCUUCCUUGGUCUCUGGCUCUCUUGCACUUAGUUUACUUAAUUUGGAAUCCUAAUUUUUCAACUUAAUUACAACUAACACGGAGUUAAUCAAUUAGCUUCUGCAGGUUCAAACAUA